AUGAUACAGAAUUUGAGGGAUCAUUGCCCAUUGGUUAAACAGGUGUGGCUUGCAGACGACUCAGCUGGAGGAGGGAGUAUAGUGCAGUUAUACAACUGGUACAGGCAAUUGAGUAAGGAAGGUCAAAAGUUUGGUUACCUUGUGAAUGGGACAAAGAGCUGGCUUAUUGUGAAGUCUAGGGAACUCGCGGAGGAAGCAAAGAGGGUGUUUGGAGAGGAAGUCAACAUAACGACUGAAGGUCAGCGCCAUCUGGGAGCAGUUAUUGCGUCGCAAGAAUACAAAGAUCAGUAUUGUGAGGAGAAGGUUCGUGCAUGGAAAGAGGAAAUCGAACGUCUCUCUGAAAUAGCGAAGAGCCAGCCCCAUGCGGCGUAUAUUGCUUUCACAAAAGGCUACAAGUCGAAGUUCACCUACUUCAUGCGCACGAUUUAA